AUGGGUCUAUUCACGAAACAUUCUCAACUUGUGACCGUGACACUUGCGUAUUCCCCAGCUCCUCUUCGCCGGAGUGGUCAGACUAGCUUGAUCCUUAUCCCAACCGAAAUAUAUCUUGCGAUUUUUGAAUACAUAACGCCAACCGGCCAGCCUCUGACAGAGGAGCACGUUAAAACAUUCUCAGCCCUCGCACUCGUGUGCCGUUUUUUCUGCUCCAUCGCGUUGCCGCGUGUCUUCGAGCACGUCGCAUUUUCGGGGAAUACAAAUGACAAGAGGGCGCAGGCUUCGCGCAAGACAGUCUGGGCCAAGCAGAUCAUAGCAGAUACUGAGCCGGCCAAGUCCGUCGCAUCAUACGUCAAGGAGUGUACCUUCGUUUCUUGGGAUCUCCGCCAGGAGGUACAGUGGGUCCUCAUUCCGUUCGCGAAGCUGUAUUGCCAAGCAAUGGCACGCAUGCCGAACAUUCGAAAAGUGGUAUUUUACAUGUCGUUUGUGAACAAACAUCAUUGGGAAGCGAUGGCGGAAUUAAAGCAGCUCGAAGUCCUCGAGUUCCGCUUUUGCUCCUUCGUAGAGGAUCCACCCGAUCAAGAACUCAGCGCCCGCACCGUGAUAUUGCUUAGUGCAGACGCUGUGACCACCUCCACGCUUCGGCCAAUCGCAACUUCCGCCCUGCGCACGCUCGAGACAGAUAAUGUGGAAACUGCCCUGAAGCUCGUAACCUUUCAUCGGAUUGCCAUUGAAAAUUUGGUUUUCCAUAACCGGGUUUACAAUAUGGAACCACUCCUUGAUGUGUUUCAGCAUCUGCCUAGCCUCGAGAGCGUAACCUUUGGGCUCACAAAACAAGCAGCGGCUUCACCACUCAUCAGCGCGCUUUCUCUGAAAAAGCUCUUCACCCGCUUGCGUUCGCUCACUGUGAAAGGAGCUGGUUUUAUAAUGUCACGGCAGGACAUGGAGAUGCUAGUAUCCGCUCUCUGUGAUGGACCUGGUAUCCUUCCUAGCUUGGAGGAGCUUAAUUUUUUGUUCUUCACGGAGGGUGGAGCUCAUGGAUCGAUAGCAACACUCGACGUUGUCUCUGACCGGUUGAACGGGACAAUAAUUCCGGCGUUUCCGAAUCUAAGAUGCAUUCGUGCUCUUGGUGGUUUCAUCUCUUUGGAAGAGGGCGACUGGAAAAUCCACUACUUAGAAGAACCUGAGAUUAUAUGGGAGAGCCUUGGGAGGUGGUAG